AUGUCUCUCCUUCAUAACGAGGAUUUUACGAUCUGGCAAUUGCGCUCAUCGUAUCUUUCCACAAUCAAAGACGGAAUUGGUGACCGCCUCAUCAAUGUGAACAACGCCAUUCUCAACACCCCCGGAUUUCGUGCCGCAGGCUGGUCAACCGCCUCGGCAAACCCCAAUACCCAGAGCGCCGCCCACAUCAAGCGCCCGUACUCCCCCUCCGAUUCCGACUACAGCGACUGUCUCAUCAGAGGUCUUGGCCUAGAAGACGGUGAUGAUGAAGAAGGGGGCAUGGUCACUGGCAAGAACAACAUGGACAUCACCGGACGACGACACCAUGGACGAGCACAAAAGAAGAAAGGUCGGCGGGAACGACAACAUCAAGAGAACCAGAGACAGGCCGAAGCCGAGGACGACGAUAGCAGUGACUUGAGUGAUGAGAGCGAUGACGAUGGGGACAACGCUCGCAGGGCUGUCGAUCAAAUUAAGUUUCAUAAAAUGCCACUCCGUCGGGAUCGAGCCGACUCUUCUCCCAUCCGCUCCACCGACCACCGCGAUCGACCGGAGGUUAUGAUCACGUCUCCGUCGACCCAUAAUGUCGCCACACACUACCGCACAGGAUCCCUGGGGACUGCAGUUACUUCCAAGGAACGUCCACGGCGAGAUACGACUACCAGCAGCGAUAUUUCCACAGAUAACGACGCUGAUCUACGGUCUUACAGACAGGGUCAAGUUCAGUUCUCUGCGACUGAUCAGGUGGAGGAGCAUCGGCGCAAACGGCGAGAACGGACUGGCAGCCGAGGAGAUGAAAGCAUCGCCGCAGAAGAUUUACCCGACGAGGCCGAGGAUUCAGGCGCCGAGUCCGUGGGCUCUGCGCUUUCCUCCGAAUUUGACGCCACGGCAGGCUCUGGCUCGCUGCUGCUGGCUGGUGUGGGCAUAACCGGUACUUUGGGUGCAUCAUCGCCUAUGAUAUCAAUGCACAAGUUACCCCCGGGUACAGGACCACAGAACGCUUCGCCGCGCAAGUCAAAAACCCCAGCUCCUGAGUUACAAGACCUGCCCCCGCCUCGACCUAUCAGUACAAUACAGCCAGUCAGUCUGCUGACCCGACAACUCAAGGCUCGCAAGCGUGCACCCAGUAACCCGGUGGAGAAGUUUAUGGUGCUCUCCGGGCGAGGCCAGGACGAUUCGUUGUAUUUGAAGAUAUACGCUCCCUUUGCGUCAGACCCCGAAGACCCUCUAGAUCUGCCGCUCAUGCGAGAGUCGAAACUCGCCGAACAACCUGCUCCCGUCACUGUGGCCGAGACGAUCGGCCUGGCCCUCUGGAAGUACUCGGAAGAUGCGCGUGACCCGUCCAUCGAGCGCGAGAAGUUGACCGUGAACCGAUGGACUCUUCGAAUGGUGGAGGAUGGCGAAGUCGAGUACGACUUUCCGGCGCUUGGGCGGACCCUCCCAAUGACCGACUUCACAUCGAAUAACAACCAAGCCAGCAAGGCACGCGGGCGGUCACGAGGCAAGCCAUAUGAUGAGUUUGCGCUCGUGGAGGCUUCAAAGACAGAGUUUCAAGAGAAUGAACGGUUGUACCCGCAGUUCAGCCAGAGCCUCGGGUCUGAUGAAAGUGACCAGCCGGUAGGUCUCGCAGUGUCGAGCACACAACCCGCUACGCAGGCCAAACCCGCCCCGCCCCGUCAGAACCCUAUUCUGGGGCAGCCAUUCUCGUCCGCGCUCAAUGACAGUACGCUUACUCCGGCGGAUCGGCCGGCAGUGCCUGUCUCGCACGCAACGCCCCGCCUCGGGGUAUCAAAGACUUUGAAGGUCCGCUUCAUUAACCUGGAAGCCUCUGCGCACGUCAUGACCCUCAACACAUCGACGGACAGCUACAUUGCCGAGCUUCUGGACUCGGUGUGCAAGCGCUGGGGCCUAGACAAGGGCAAUUAUUUGCUGAAGGUCAUGGGGUCGAACACCAUUGCUCCACUGGAUCGCACUGUGGAGGCACUGGGCAACAUCACAGAACUUGAUCUCGUCCGCCGUCGCUUUGGUGCCGGGCCGCUCUCACUGGGCGGUUCCCCGGGGAGCUCGUCUCCCAAUGCACCGCUCAUGGUUGAUAGUAGCAACCCGACGACAGUGAAGAAGGGCAAGAAGGGAGGCCAGCGCAUGCUGUCGUCGCUCUCCCAAAAGCAAGACCUCAUCGGUGGCUACUACCGGCGCUACCAUGUCUUCCGCAAACAGCCCAUGACCUUCACGGCCUCGAACCACCGCAUCUUGACCUUUGACAACGACUACAUGCACAUCAUGCCCGCCGAGACGGGCAAGACCGGGUCCGAUGCCAAGACACGGUCGAUCGGCUUCAACGAUGUCGUGGGCUGUAAGGUCAGUCGACGACACCCGAAGAGCUUCCGCGUUGUGGUCCUGCGUGGCAACGACGCCACGGAGCAGAAGCGGUAUGACUUUGAGUCUCGUAAUGCCCUGGAGGCCGUCGAGAUCGUGGAUGAAAUUAAGAAGAACAUGGCGCACUAUCGCAUCUAG